AUGCGCACCGGUCUCUUCUUUAGCGUCGCUUUUGCGACCAGCGUCUUUGCCCAUUCGCAGAAACCGGUUGUUGACGCCAAUGCCGACUGGAUGACCAAACACAUGGCGGAGGAGCAUCAUGUACAGGGCUGGGACGCCGACUCCUUCUUCACCCUCCACGAUUACAAUGGCGACGGCUGGUGGCAAGCUGCCGAGAUGAUGCGAACAUACGGCCUCUUCGACGAAUCAAACAAAGGCAUGGCCGAUAAGCGAAAGGAAGAGGUUCGCGACAUUCUACUAGGCCUUCUUGAUAAGGAUUCCGACUCCUCGGUCAGUCGCCAGGAGUGGGUGGACUUUAUCAAGUCAGGCAAGACGCUGCCAGACCUAAACACCGGCCCUGGCCACCACGGCGACGAUGAGUACGAGUACGAGAUUCAUCAUUGGGAAAAGUACCACGACGACAACACCAAGCUCGAGGACCUGACACAUCCCGAGGAUAUCGAGCACUUCAAGAAGCAUGACGAGAUGGAGGAUGCCCAAGACCGCCUUGAAGCUAUGCAGAAGCUUUCCAUUGUCGAGGCCAACAUCCCCCAAAAGUUUCGACGACAAUAG